GUGUAUGGAUGUACAUUACACCGUACACAACCACGCAUAAUGCAUUUUUUAGUCAACAUCCGCCGAACGAUGAGGAGGUUAGUGCGGUGUCACAUCCGAUGAUGUCAGUGAAUCGUAGCAACUAGAAGACUUCAGUGGGUUACUGAUGAGAUAAGAAGCAACUCUUUCCACUGAAGACCCCGAUCUUCGAGAUGCAUCUCUAUCUAAGAAACCUUUUGAUCUUAACCUUUGUAGGAACUUUAAACUUCUUCAUCUUUAUGCUCAUCACAGGAAGGUCUGAAUUUUUCUUGGGACGAUCUCCCAUGACUGCAAAACAGAACCACCAUCAUCAUAGCGGACAGAGGGAUCGUACAUACAAAACAAUAGACUCAAAGAAUUUCAAUUUAGAUGAUGUUCUAAGAUUCAGAGGAAAUAAACCCUUACAAUCAACAGAUGAGAAGAAACUAACCAAAAGUAAAGCUGUCGAUGAUGUUUUCAUCUUCAAGAAGCCAACACGUGGAACUCGUCCUGAGACGACCAAGCUUGCUGAAAGCCGCCCGUCCGUUAUAGCAGACUUUAUAAACACAUUAAAACAAGCUCCUACUAUGGUGCAUACCAGGACAAGGUAUGAGGACUUGUACCCUCCCGCAAAAGUUGAAACACCGAUAGCUGAGAUAGAUAAAGUAGCUCAUAUUAAUCCCCAUAAUUAUAAGCUGAUUAUUGACGAGCCGAAUGCAUGUUAUGACGACCGUGGGAAACCGCAAGAGACUUUCUUAGUCAUUCUAAUCUCAACGAUUCACAGAAACUUUGAGCAGCGUCACGCUAUUCGAGAGACGUGGGGAAGCCCUAAAGAGAUCAACGGUAAGAAGAUAGUCACACUCUUUCUCCUAGCCUACACAAAAGACAGCCAUCUUCAGAAACUGGUCAUGGAAGAAAGUAAACAACAUCAUGAUCUCCUCCAGGAAGAUUUCGUCGACUCUUACAAGAACUUGACCUUGAAGACCAUGAUGGGAAUGAAGUGGGUAGGUUCGCAUUGCUCGCAUGCAUCGUACUUCAUGAAGACUGACGAUGAUAUGUACGUCAACUACGCCAAUCUCGUUACUUACCUGUCGAGUUCUAGUACGCCAAAAACAGACCUUGCUUUUGGUUUCCUUAUCAACGGGGGACCCAUCAGAGACCCGAAGAGCAAGUGGUUCAUGCCAAAGGAGACUUACCCUGGGAGCAGAUACCCACCGUUCCUCUCUGGGACGGGUUACGUCAUGUCCGCUGACGUGGCAGGAAAAGUCUACAAGAAGUCGUUGGAUACUGGUUUCUUGUACCUUGAAGAUGUCUUUGUGGCGGUCUGCUUUAAAUCCCUAAAUAUCAUCCCGAAAAAAAAUAAAGACUUUAAUAAUUGGCGCACUCCCUACUCGUAUUGUCGGUAUCGGAAGUUGAUUACUACUCACAUGGUUCCGCCGACGGAAAUGACUCGGAUUUGGAAAGACCAGCAACGUAAACAUAUCUAUAACUGCUAUUAGAGUCAGAGAUGGCCAUCAUUUUUAUAUGUUCAAGACAUUGAAUAUUUGCAGAAGACAGUUUGUGCUAUGAUCAUGUGCUAGGGAAAGUUAAAACAAGUUUUUACAACAAUAAUUAUAUUGAGACCUAUAGUAUAUAAUUAUUUGGUUUGGGGUAUAACACCAUGUGAGUAUCUACUUUCGUGAGUAUGUACAUGUUUCGUGUUAGCCAUUGGGGUGUCUGGGUGGCUUUUGGUCACCCUGUUUUUCAUUUGGACACCCUGUUUUAUUUACUUUUUUAAUACACAUUGUAAGUGAACAAUGUGGACACUUUGUUUUUAAG